AUGGCGAUGCCAUGGCGCGCUAUUUUAAUCACUGAUAAAUUCCUUGUGUUAAUCCUAGUGGUGCUGAUAGAGAAUGAUAUUGAUGCCAGACCAUUUUCCUCUCAAGUUUUGGCAUGUUUGCCACCCUUACCAUGGGUUGUUUCUGCUGAAGAUAUAGCGAAUCCCAUUAGGAAAGAUUUGCGCCAUUUACGUGUGUUCAGUGUUGAUCCUCCAGGAUGCAGGGACAUUGACGAUGCAUUGCAUUGUACACUUCUUCCAAAUGGUCAUUUUGAAGUGGGAGUUCAUAUUGCUGAUGUGACAAACUUUGUUCAACCUGGAACCCCCUUGGAUGACGAGGCCGCGCAAAGGGGUACAUCUGUCUAUCUUGUUGAGAGGCGUAUAGACAUGCUUCCAAAACCUCUGACAGAAGAUAUUUGUUCAUUGCGCUCAGACAUCGAGAGAUUAACAUUUUCUGUUAUAUGGGAGAUGACACCCGAAGCAGAAAUUAUUUCCACAAGGUACACGAAGGCCAUUAUCAAAUCUUGUGCAGCAUUAUCUUAUGUGGAGGCUCAGGCGAGGAUGGAUGAUAGCCGUUUGAUGGAUCCAUUGACCACAGAUCUGCGUAAUCUGAAUGCUUUAGCAAAGAUAAUGAGGCAAAAACGCAUUGAGAGAGGAGCCUUAACGCUUGCUUCUGCUGAAGUCAAAUUUCAAAUCGAUACUGAAACUCAUGAUCCCCUUGAUAUCGGUAUGUAUCAAAUUCGAGAAGCGAACCAGAUGAUUGAAGAGUUCAUGCUUGCUGCUAAUAUAUCAGUUGCUAAGAAAAUUUUGGAACAUUUUCCCCUCACCUCGCUGUUAAGACGGCAUCCAAGCCCCACUAAAGAGAUGCUUGAACCUUUACUUCGAACUGCUGCUGCUGUUGGUAUCUGUUUGGAUGUGACGUCUUCGAAAGCACUCGCUGAUUCACUUGAUCAUGCGGUGGGUGAUGAUCCGUACUUCAAUAAACUUAUUCGCAUUCUGGCGACAAGAUGCAUGACACAGGCUGUGUACUUUUGUAGUGGAGAUCUCAGCCCUCCAGAGUUUUCUCAUUAUGGUCUUGCUGCUCCCUUGUACACACAUUUCACUUCUCCUAUACGAAGAUAUGCUGAUGUAAUCGUGCACCGAUUGCUUGCUGCAUCUUUGGGAAUAUCUAAGCUUCCAGAUAUAUUCCAAGAAAGACCUCGACUAACGUGUAUUGCUGACAAUUUGAAUUAUCGCCACAAGAAUGCUCAGAUGGCUAGUCGGGCAUCAGUUGAGCUCCAUACGCUCAUUUACUUCAGAAAAAGGCCUACUGAUACCGAGGCGCGAAUAUUGAAAAUAAGAUCAAAUGGCUUCAUUGUUUUUGUACCCAAGUAUGGAAUUGAAGGACCUGUAUAUUUGGUGGCGAGAGGUGAGAAGGCAGGGGAAUGGACGAUUGACGAGCAGCAACAAAAGAUUAAGAAGAUUAAUGGUGACGUCUCGUAUGGUAUUCUGCAGACUGUGAGAAUUCACAUGGAGGUGGUAGAGCCAUACCCAAACAGGCCAAAGCUUGAGCUUACACUCAUCUAA